AUGCGUGAAAAAUGUGAAGCUUGGUUGAAGAGACGAGAUGCCUACCCUCUUGCAGAUGUGGAACCUUCGAUGAACAUUUGCUCUUUUCUGGAUUGCUUUACCCUGAAUCCAGCUUUCGAAUUCACUACUUCACACAGAGAUGGGCACACAUCCACCAUUUCCAAUUGUGUCGGAUCCUUAUUACCCAUGUUGAGCACAUGGGUCACCGACGAUGUCCAAGAGGUGUUCUACAGUGCAUUGCAUGCAGAACAAGCCUGUCAGACAGAGUUACUGUCAUGGCCACUUCCUGGUCCUACUUGCCCCCGCAACAUUGGGUUGGAAUUGGUAGCUAUUGGAAAGGCCCGUGAAUCAGACUCAGACUUGCGUGAUGAUACUCGCGCAUCGCCGUCUUCCAAACGAUGUAUUCCACCACCUCUCACAGACGAAAUGUGUUCCUAUGACCAUGACAUAGACAAUGAUCGGGAGGACUCUGAGGCCUUCGAGGUUUAG